GCUGGGUUCAGGGAAGGGUCCCCAACAGAGAUCACUUGGCCCCUGAUUUCAAUCCCCUUACUGUUGCAGAAAUGAGUGGCACAAGUAAGUCCCCCCUCCCCAAACCCAACGUAGGUUUUACCAGAGCAAUGUCACGCGUGCCCCCCAGGUGAGCGUGUGCUGGGUGACCACUGGAGGCAGCACCUGGCCUUAUGCUCAGAGCCCCAGCCCCUUCCUCCCUCCAGUGGUCUCUGAGCUCUGCUGGCACAAGGGAUGCACAUCAUCUUGGUUAAAGGGUCCCUGUGGUGUCUGGUCCUACCCCCGCCCCAAGCAGGUGGCAGGGCUGUGGUGAUGGAUGUGCCCAGUGGAGGGGCCUUGGGGGCUAAAUGGGGCCCCUCUGUGUUUUUAGAGAGAACACCAGCACGAGGUAAGCCCAUCCUCUCUAAAGCCCAGGCCUUCUGGGGGUUUGGGGGCUGGCACGGGAUCCCUCAGGUGAGCGGGGGUGGGCAGGGCUCUCUCUGCACCCCGACACGCCGGACGCUCUGCCACAACUGUGAGAUCACCGCACCAAUAAACUUCCGUUCCUCCUCCUCCUCCUCACCGGACACAAAGAACCACUCCAGCCUUCCUGGUGUCACCCAGAUUUGCAUGUCUGGAGCCCCCGCACCUGGCCAACCUGCCUCUGGAAAAUGCUUCCGAGUGCCUCACAGAGCACUGACGGCCACAGGGCCUGCCCCACCGUGACGCAGGGCCGGGACUCCACUGCGCGGUCCAGCCUGACCCUGUGGAGCAGGCCUGCUGCUGCCUCGGAUCCCCCCUUCCACACCGGGGCCUGGGCUGGGCCGGGAGGAGGGGAAGGCGGGUUUCUGUAUAAAUUAUCGACGCCAGGUGGGACCCCAGAGCUACUUGACGAAAUCAUUAAAUGUCCCCGAUAUUUCUCACCAAGGUCAGUGCUGUUGGAGCAGGGGUGGGGCUGCGGGGACUGGGGCUCCCAGGCCGAUCCCCACACCUGGGCACACCUGGGCAGGCUGGGACAGAGGUGGGUAGGCGCUUUGGAUGACACAGGAGACUGCAGCUGGUGAAGACGAGAGCCAGCUUCAUCCAGGUUCGUGUGUCGGACCGUCCCUCAGCCAGAGGCACACGGGAGCCACUGUUCCUCUCACGUGGCUUCUUCCUGCUGAUGCUCCACAUGGGCUAUGGGGAGACGGGCCCAGCGUGGCCUGAUGCAGGGCCAAGCACUGCAGGAAGGCUCGGGGGCCAGCGUGCUGCCAGGAGCCCAACCUUGUGCCUGCAGUGCUGUCCCAAGGCUGGUGGUCCUUGGCCGCCCAGAUGACUUCCUCCCCCACAGCCCCCUCUUGCCCUGUGUCCAAGCAGGGGCACAGGAUGGCUCCUGAGGGGAGACAGGACCCCCCAUCCUGCUGAGGUGUCACUGACUCAACGCAGGCGCGGUUUCCACGGGAGCAUGUUUCUGUCAGGGACACGCAUGGUGUAACCACCACAUCCCGUGGGGAGGCCCUGGAAGCCGUGCUGGGGUAGGCCAGUGGUCACACAGGGCGCCUUGGACGAAUGCCACCCAGGGGCGUUAGGAGAGGGGCUGGUUGGUAAAGAGGACCCGGUGUGGUGGGGGGGCCGGCGCCCCUCCCUGUGCCGCCAGUCUCUGAUGCCUGGACACUCGCCUUCCCAGCCUGCACAGGGCUGGAAGCGGCUGGGGCUCCACUGGGGCGGUGGGUCACGGUGCCAACGGGGUGGGGGAUGCCCGAGGCCUGUCCCCAUCAGGACUCCGGGCUGGGCUUGGCUCCCUGGCCUCCUCCCACCCGGGCUUCCCGUCGGCUGACCCGGUCUGACCUGCCCACACGCCAUCAGUGAAGCCCUCGGAAACAUGACCUGAAGCACAAGCAGGACCUUCCUUCCGGCAGCUGCUCCUGCCGCUCACCUGUGUGGGGACCACAUCCUUCCCGAGGGGCGUGCAGGGGGAUGCCCCACAGCCCCGCUGUGUUGGGAGCCACACAAAGACAACAAGAUGGCCACAGUUCAUGAGGUUCCUGCUUCACUUCCUGGAGAUUAGCUGCGAGCCCGCGCGCGCCAACAAGAAAGCCCGCGCGCGCCAAGAGAUACUCUUCUCCCCCUCCUUCCCCAUUAUCAUAUACCAAUCAGAAUGCAACUCGCUGCGCCAUCCCUGCUAUGCAGCCAAUCCCCUGCUUACAAGUAUCCUAUGGCCCACUCUGCCCCUGAACACUGGUGUAUAUCUACCCCCGUCUUACAAUAAAAUUUGAAGGCUUGAUCAGAAUACUGUCUUGCCUUCGCUCUUCUCUCGCCCCCAUUUUCUUUCAGGUCGGAUCCCCCUCGUCCCCACAAAUAACUAGGUCCCGCUGGACGGGACAAGUGGCGCCCAACGUGGGGCUCGAGGCGCGGAUCCUUCGCAGGCGGACCCCCGAGUAAGAUAUCGUCUGGCCAGACCCCUUCUUGAUGAAACAAUAGGAGACGCCUUUCGCCGCUCACGGAGGUCGUCGUCCCUGGAGGCAAAAAUGAAGAUUUCUACACUAUUGACCCUCGUCAUGACCUUUCGCCCCGUUUGGACCCAUCAGAUUUUCAAUUUCACCUGGACAGUCACCAGUGAAGCAGGAGACGUCGUUUUCAGUUCUUCUACCUUAGCAAGUUCCCCCCCAUGGCCUGUUCUUGCCCCUGACCUCUGUGACUUGGCCGCUGGAGCUUCUGCAGCCUGGGGGACCCCAGACAUUUACUUUCCUUUUUCCACCUCCCCUGAGACCUACCCUGAGGGACAAUCUACCACCUCUCCUGGGUGUAACAACACCCCUAGGAGAACCUACCUCAGAGAAACAGAAUUUUAUGUUUGCCCGGGAGCUCAUAGAGAUCGAGCCCUUAACUAUAAAUGUGGAUAUAGAGACUCCUAUUUCUGUGACUCCUGGGGGUGUGAGACUACAGGAGAUGCUAGUUGGAAGCCUAGCUCCACCUGGGAUUAUAUAACUGUAAGUAGGGCUUGGAAUCCCAAGCCUAACUCAACUGUUACCCCAGAAUGUCAAAGCACCCAAUCCACAAGGGGGCGAUGUACACCGCUCUCCAUUGCCUUUACUGACAAGGGAAAAAGGGCCCCUAUUGAUAGAUGGCUCAGGGGACAUGAAUGGGGGCUAAGGCUUUAUGUUUCAGGAAAGGACCCUGGGCUCACUUUUAAAAUCAAAUUAAUUCGAUCCAUUCCAAACGCCAACAAGCACGUUGUCCUUGGCCCUAUUGCCCCUAAGGCAAGAGACCCAAGACCUUCUAACCCUUCUCCCCUGUCUACUAGUACUGUUUUCCAGGCCUUGCUCCCCCCAGUUUUACCCUCUACAGGCGAAAUCCUUAAAGGCCUGGCUAAUGUGACUGCAGAAUCCCUUAACUCCACUGGAUAUAGCGAGUGCUGGUUAUGUUUCUCCCCCGUUCCCCCGUUUUACGAAGGGAUAGCAGUUUUAGUAAACACCUCAGCAGACCUCAUACUUACCAAUGACUCCAGCAAGACUCGCUGGUCAGACCCCUCCCGUUUUUCAGAGACCUCUCCGGGUCUCACAUUGACGCAGCUUUCGGGAAUAGGCCUCUGUAUACAUAGCCCCGUCUUGCGUCUACCCCCUCAGCUAAUACCCAUUUGUAACAGCUCCUUCUCACCCCCGCUGUCCUAUGAAUUCCUUGUCGCGCCCAACGGUACUUAUUUUGCUUGCUCCUUUGGCAUAACGCCCUCUGUUAACCCGCGCUUGCUAAUAUCUAACAAUGAAUAUUGUGUUUUAGUCAUGCUCAUGCCCAAGAUUUCCAUACAUCCCACCGAAGACCUCCUUCCAUAUUACUCGGGCUCUACUCGCACUAAGCGUGAGCCAGUAACCGCCAUUACCUUAUCUGUGAUAUUAAGAUUAAGAGCAGCUGGGGCUGGAACAGGCAUUGCCUCCAUAAUUACUUCUAAACAACAAUAUUAUGCUCUUAGUCAGGCUAUUGAUAAAGACAUACAAAAUCUGCAAGAAGGUUUAGACAGCCUGAAAGAAUCUGUUGUCUCUCUCUCUGAGGUAGUGCUCCAAAAUCGCCGAGGGUUAGACCUCCUUUUCCUGAAAGAAGGAGGCCUCUGCGCUGCUCUUAAAGAAGAAUGUUGCUUCUAUAAAGACAAAACAGGGUUAGUGCAAGAUAGCAUUGAUAAAGUUAAGAAAAACCUAGAAGCCAGGCAAAAACAAAGAGAAAAGGAUGAGGCCUGGUAUAAAAACUAGACCUCUGCCACCCCUUGGUUAACUACUCUGAUCCCCACCAUCCUUGGACCCUUGGCAGGAUUCUUCCUUUUAGUGUCUCUUGGCCCUUGGGCCUUAAGAAAACUGACAGUUUUUAUUCGAGAGCAGGUUGACCAGCUCGUCAAGCCAGCGGUUGCUGUUCAUUAUCACAGACUUACAGCCUGUGAUGAAGAGUCUUACACCGAACCAACCAAUGCUCCCGGUCUCCGGUUCUCAACUUUACAGGCGCCUCAACCAUGGUACCAUCGAUUCUGGCACCGUACUUAAUGUGGCCCAUAUGCUGGUCAGCCAGAACCAGACAUACCCCUAACUAUGAGGGUAUGGGCAUCGAGAUGAGUGCGAGACAAAGUACCGCAAGGGAGGGUUCUUCCUAGAACCUCUCUGGUCCUCCCUGAGAAUACGCCUGGCUUGCAUAGAGGUUGGUAUCCAUAUGUACAUAAAGCCUUGAUAUAUUAAGAUCAAUUUGGCUUUCAGCUCUGCCUCUCCUCCCUAAAAGAUACCGAGAGCAUUUGCGAAAUGUUACCCUGCUGGAGGAGCCAGGCCUCUAUUCCCUCACUCGAUUAAGGCCCACCUUUCUGAAAUAAAUAGAAAGGGAGGAGAUGUUGGGAGCCACACAAAGACAACAAGAUGGCCACAGUUCAUGAGGUUCCUGCUUCACUUCCUGGAGAUUAGCUGCGAGCCCGCGCGCGCCAACAAGAAAGCCCGCGCGCGCCAAGAGAUACUCUUCUCCCCCUCCUUCCCCAUUAUCAUAUACCAAUCAGAAUGUAACUCGCUGCGCCAUCCCUGCUAUGCAGCCAAUCCCCUGCUUACAAGUAUCCUAUGGCCCACUCUGCCCCUGAACACUGGUGUAUAUCUACCCCC